AUGUACCAGCCUAUGGGAAUGCGAAGGAGCCAGGAGACCACAACGAUGGGCAACAGGGCAGGGGUGGGCUUGUUGUUUAUGAUGACUCCCGAGAGUCCACCCAAGAUCAUGGUGAAAGAGAUAGUGCAAGGAGGAUCGGCGUGGAGAAAUGGACAGAUCAAGCCUGGAGAUGUGAUCGUUCAGGUCGGGAAUACAAAUGUACAGAACCAGCCGCUAUCGCAGCUCAGGGAACUGAUCUUGGGCGAACAAGGGACAUGGAUCACCCUGGGCUUCCAGCGAGGAUCGACAGGAGAGUUCUACGAGACCUCCAUGAUCCGGGGCACUCAAGACUUCCUGGAUAAACAUGCUUCAAUGCCCAUGAUGUCCUCCAUCUCACGAGAAGCUCAGCACCACAUGCAGUCCAAUCAACCGAUGCACAGCUCUAACUUGCAGGCUCAACAGCAGGCAAACGAGAUGAUGGCGAGAAAGCCCAUGCAGUACUCGUCGAGGGAGCAGGAAGAGUACGACAGGAUGAGAACGGUGUUGAACAGCUCCCAGACUGAGAAUGUCAUUCUACGUUCAAACCUUAAGAACCAUGAUCUGCAGAACGACAGGAAUGGCGAGGAACUGAGAGGCUAUCGCGAGGCACUGGAACGGAAAGAAGAGGAAAACAGGCGUCUCAAAUUAGAAGAAGAUCGAGCCAAGCAGGAGAUGCUAGCGGAUCUCAAGCGUCGGUAUGACCGAGAGAGGAAUCGCAUCACUCAAGCGAUUGAAAGGAAUCAGCACGUAUCGCACUCGCUGUCUAGCCUCCUCACACAGUUGCUAUCGCUUGAGAGAGAUCUACAAAGCCUCUCGCACAAGAGCAGCCACUUCAAGCCGCACGCGAGUGGAUCUACGUGA